AUGAGAGUAUGGAAGAAGUUGCUUCUUGCUUGUGGCCGAGCUAAUGGCGAUAUUGAAAUAUGGGAGCCGAAAGAACGUUGGAAUUUACAAAAAACGAUCCCAGGUAUGGUUAAUACCACUGUAGAAACUCUUGUUUGGAUAAAUCGUAAAUCAUCGUCACCAUCAACCAAAACAUCCUCUUCUAAUCAAUCACCUAGACUUUUUUCCGGAAGUUUAAAUGGAUUAAUAAUAGAAUGGGAUUUAAUAAAGUUGAAAAUGAAGAAAUCAGCAGAUUCAUUAGGAGGUGCUGUAUGGUGUAUGAAACCAAAUUAUGCAAAUACAAUGUUGGCGAUAGGAUGUGAAGAUGGCAGCAUAAGGAUUUUUGGUAUAUCUGAUGAUGAUGAGGAAGAAGACUUAAGAUUGAUUAAGGUUUUUACCAGAAUAAAUGCUAAAGUUAUUUCACUAGAUUGGGGUUAUGAUGAUAAAUAUCUUGUAAGCGGAUCAUCAGAUGGUAUAAUAUCUAAAUGGGAUGUUGAUAAAGGUAGAUGUGAUCAAAGGAUGACUGCAGAAACUUCAAAAGGAUCCGAGACAAUUAUUUGGGCAGUCAAAAUACUCAAAGAUGAGAUAAUCGUUAGUGGUGAUUCACUUGGAAAUGUGCAAUUUUGGGAUGGAAAGAUGGGUACAAUGUUACAAACAUUUAAAAUUCACGAAGCUGAUGUACUCUGUCUUGAAACAAAUCGUUCAGGGACAGAGGUUUUUUCAAGCGGCGUAGAUCGUAAAUGUUGUUUAUUUCGUUAUGUUGAUCUAUCAUUGGAGUCAACUUCUGAUGAUGCAGAUCUUGAUUCGAUUAUGAGUUUGGAUGAUUCAACAAAUAUUAAUCACAUUAAGAAUCUAACUGAACAAUGGGUUUCUGUUGGAUAUCGUCGUCAACAUUCUCAUAAUGUUGGAGCACUUGCUUAUUUUGAAGAUCAAGAUUUUCAAGUCUUGGUAUCUGGGGGUGUAGAUACGACAUUAUCAGUAUCUCCAAGAGCCGAUUUUCCUCAUAAUAAAUUUCGCCAUUUACCAUUCACUCCCCAAAAACCUUUAAUAUGUUUAUCAAAGUCAAAACAGUUGUUGAUGUUUCGUUCUGACAAUAGUAUAAAGUUAUGGAGAUUGGGAAAAGAACCCCAACAAGCCGUUUUAGAAAUGACUCUUAAAUGUGAUAGUAAUCUUUGUGCAAGUGCAAUUUCUCAAGAUGGCGAAUGGAUUGCAGUUUCUGAUAUAACACGUGUGAAGUUAUUUAGAGUUGUUGAUGAUAACAUGAAUGAUUCAGGAGGACUGGUUGUUCGUAAAAUAAAUUUUCCAAAAAUUGAUCAAGAAUAUAUUGGAGCUCAUCACCUUUUAUUUACUCCUGAUAAUAGAAAAUUGAUAGUGGUAUUGAAUGACUGCCGGAUAAUUAUUUUUGGAUUAGAUAUUUCAAGACGUAAUAACAAAAUAGAAAUCUUAACACAAUUUAAGCAAAUUCAAAACGAGCAAGAAAAAGGUUCGAUAACUUCAAUUGCUAUUAGUAAUGAUAGUUUAUGGUUGGCAUGUGGCGAUGAGUUGAAUAGAAUACGAAUUUUUAAUUUGGAAAAACUAAAAUAUCAUUCAACACUUCCAAUAUUUUCAUCAAAACAUACAUCUUUAACAUUUGAUCCAUUUGAAUCAAUCCUGGUUAUCACAUUAACAAACAACAUAUUUUAUCUUUGGAAUAUAAUUGACCACGAAUUAACAAAUUGGUCACGACAAUACUCGAACUGUUUACCUGACAAGUUUCUUCGCCUUCAGGAUAAGAUAAUCGGUUGCACUUUCAAUCCUACUAAUAAUAAAAUCAUGAUUUUAUGGACAAGCAGAUAUUUUUGUUUUAUUGAUUUCAGUAAAAAGGUCAAAUCUAAGUUGAAUUUGUUUUAUGGUCACGUAAUUGUGGAAAAAACACUGGUUGAUAUUCUAGAACAAUUACCGCCUGCUUUCUAUGUUUCAAAAUAUGGCACAUGA